AUGUAUAAAGACUUAAAUUACGCAAUUGAAAUAAUGGAGAUAGAGAAAUUAAAAUUGCAUGAAUAAAUUGAUUAUUUAUAAGAACAUAUAUAAUAAUUGACCAAUGAAUAUAGUGAUAAGAUAUUAGAAAAAGAUGAAGAAUUAGUUACAGCAUUUAUAAAAAUGCAAUAAGUAGAAAGACUUAAUAAUGAAUUGAUUUAAAAAUUAUAAUCAACGAAAAAAAAUGAAGAAUAGCUUAAUAAUGCAAAUUAUAAUUUUAUCACUUUACAAAAAAAAUUAGAUCAUCAAAUUUAGGAAAAUCAAAAACUUGAAUAAAAAGUUAAAUUACUAACUGAAUAAAGUAUGUAAUUUCAAUAAAAAUGGUAAAGAGUUUCAAUGUAAUUAAAAUAAUAAACAACUCAAAAAAUAAGUGCUAGAACAACAGAAUAAUAAUUAAGUCUGAAAUAAGAAGAAUGUUAAUAACUUAAAGAGAAAUUAGUUCAAUAUUAAUUAGAAUUAACUAUUAUUAAAUAGAGUGAUUAAGAGUAUAAACAAUCUAUUCAUUAAAAAAUGUAAGCACUUUAUUAAGAAUUAAGAGAUACUUAAUAAAAAUUAUAAUAAUAUUAAUAUAUUUCUUAGUAACAUAAAUAAGAAUGUUAAUAAUGUGAGUAUUUAAGGAAUGAAAAUGAAUAAUUGAAAUAAAUGAUCAAUUAAGAUUAAAUCUCACAAGAAUAAAAUAGAAUUAAUAGUCAGAUUGUAUUUUAUUUAAUAUUAUCAAUAGAAUUCACAUUAAUAGUAAUAAAUGAAAGAAUACUAAAAUAGAGUUAUGGAAUUGGAGUAUGAAAAUUAAAAUUUAAAAUAAUAGAUCUAAUUACCUGAAUCAAUAAGUAAUCUAAAAAGUAAUGAUUGUCUCAACAUUAAAUCUAUAACUAAUCAUCCUUUAUACAUUAAGAUGAUAAAAUUGAUUGACUAAUUGACUAAUCAAACAUAAUAAGAAUUAUUUAGAAAAUCAUUUCAUGAAUUAGGAUAAGAAAUAGAAUAAAGAGAAAACAAAGAAUAAUAAUUAUAGGAAUGUAGAACUAUGUAUGAUAGAUUAUUAAUUAAAUAUUAUGCAUUACAAAAGAGUAUCAAUAAAAUUGAAGAGAAUUCUAAUAAUAAUAAUAAUAAUUACUAUGCAACUUAAUAAAUUACGUCAUCAAAAUAAUAAACAUAAUAAAAGAAGACAAAUUAGUUGGAUUCCUUUUUAUAAGAAUAGGAGACAACUAAAUAAAUGAAAUAAUCUAUAUUUUCUAAUACACCAAAAUAGAGAGUCAAUAACAAACUAAAUUUAAGUUUAGAUAGUUGUUAAUUUAAAAAAUGA